CCGUCUUUUACCGGAAGAGUCCGUGUUUACAGCUAUGGUUUACAGCGCAGCUUUCGCUCCACGUUAGCAUCGUUGAUUCGUCAAGAAGUGAAUAUGAAUUUAUGUUGUUAUGCAGUUUGAUCAUUUUGUAAAAUUACAUAUUUAGUUUUACGCGGCGCCGCGUUUAACAUGGUUGUUUGGAGGCGGAAGGGCAACCGACACGCAUUGCAAUGACGAGCUGGCUAACGUAGCGCCGAGGUUAGUCAGCUAACGUUAGACAACUAACACUAGCUAACUUCUCAAACAGCGGCGGUACAUCAAGUACAGUGAAACAGGUCCAGGAACAAGCCCGGCCAUGGGUGCAGAGAGCAGCGCGUUGCGGAGCUUUACCCUGGAGGAGCCGCUUCUGACCCUGCCCUCCGGACUCACCAUGUACUCGGCGAAGCUCCAGGAUGGAAAACCUGCUUCCGUGUUUGUUCACAAGCGGGGCAAUGAGGAUAAAGUCAACAAAGCUGCCAAGCACCUGAAGACCUUGAGGCACCCAUGUCUGCUGCGUUUCCUGUCCUGCUCAGUGCAGGACGGCGACAUCCACUUGGUGACAGAGCGUGUACAGCCUCUGGAACUGCUGCUGGACAGCCUCUCCCCAGAGGAAAUCUGCGCAGGCAUCUAUGACCUCCUGCAGGCACUUGUGUUUCUGCACGAGAGGGGCAAGUCAAGCCACAACAACGUCUGCAUUUCAUCUGUAUUUGUCGGUGAAGAUGGUCAUUGGAAACUGGGAGGGAUGGAGACUGUCUGCAAGUUCUCUGAAGCAACGCCUGAGUUUCUUGCAAGCAUUCAGAACGUGAGAGAGGCCAGCUGCGUUCCAACAGAAGAGCAGGUUGAGGGCUUUAAAAUGCUUCCGGAUAAAAAUGCUCACUCCCGGGACUCUUUCUCUUUUGGAAUGAUGGUAGAGACCCUCAUCCCUCUCCUGAAUGGCUACGUGUCACAGGAGCUGUACGACAGUCUGCAGAAGACUCUGCAGACGGGCCUGCUGAACUCUGACCCCUUGUCUCGACCCCCACUCAGCUCCCUGCUGACUCAUGACUUUUUCAGGAACGACUUUUUGGAAGUGAGGAAUUUUCUGAAGAGCCUGACCAUGAAAACGGAAGAAGAAAAGAAUGAAUUCUUUAAGUUUCUUCUAGACCGGGUCCAGAGUCUCCCUGAAGAGCUGAUAGCUUCACGCCUUGUCCCCAAACUCCUCAACUCUCUUGUUUUUGCAGAACCCAUGGCUGUGAAAAGUUUCCUGCCUCAUCUUCUAAGGCCAAAGAAGGAUUCCAGUGGUGGCGGUAACGAUGAAGAAUGCCUGCUGUCUUUGUCCCUUUACCGUAAACACGUGAUUCCUCAGCUUCUCAAGCACUUCAAGAUCAACGAGGAACACAUACGGAUCGUGUUGUUAGCUCACAUCCACAUCUACGCUGAGUACUUCUCCCACGAUGAACUCAAAAACCAGAUCCUACCUCAGGUUUUGUUAGGAAUGAGAGACACCAAUGAUUCCCUGGUUGCCAUGACGCUGCAGAGUCUGGCGGUGUUGGUGCCCUUGUUGGGGGCUCAGGUGGUGGUUGGGGGAGAGAGGACCAAGGUCUUUAAACGCACCACACCCAACUUCACCAAGUCUACAGAGGUCACUCCUGAAACUUCACCUGUCCAUAUAGUUGGAGGCUCCCACCCUCAGAUGGCCCAGCCUUCAAAAGUCUUGAAUUUGUUCCCCAGACCGUCAGGGACUGAAGGCCUGGUUCUGGGUCACAUGGGUAGCUUAGGAGGUAGUAGGGUGACACCAAGAAGUUACUCUCUGCCACCAAAAUCAGAGGUCAGUAGACAGAUGUCUCUACCUUUGAAUGGCUUUCAUCAGGACAGUGAGAUGGAGCCACUGUCAUCCAGCCCAGAGCAGCCUGACAGACUUAAAGGUCCAGUGGAGGACUGGCCUGACUGGAGCGACCCUGAAGAGAGCGAGAGCAGAGAUGGACAGUCAGUCCAGAUCCACAUUCAGGCCUCAGAGAGAGAAGGUCCAGACAGCGGCCGACUGCCACUCUCACACCCGCACUUGGAAGACGAGCCGUGGGACAACUUUGAGGACACUGAACCUACCUCAGAUCUCUCCCCUACAGCUCCUUUAUCAGACCCAGUUAUACUCUCACCGCCCAGAGGUGACACUCCUACGCCUGUAAAGCAUGAUCCGGAAGCUCUGAGGCUGGGUGCCUCCAAACCCCUCAAAUUGACCUCAACACUGCGACAAUCCACACAGAGCAAGACCACUUCCUGCGAUGGCUGGGCUCAAGAAGAGAGAGACUCGCACAACCCAUUAAACCCCAAGCCCAAACCUACAGUGCCACAUAAGAAUGGUGGGAGAGGAGGUCUUGGGGAGGAGUUCACCAUCAAGGUGAGGAAAAAGGAAGCGCCGGACCCAGAGCUGGAUUUGUUUGCGGACAUGGUGCCGGACAUCAAACUGUCCUCUCCAGCUCUGCUGCCACUGGACGAGAGCAGUGUGAGCGAUGCUGGACUGUCUAGAGCCUCUUCAGAAAACACUAAAUCUCUGCAGGUUGACUCAUCCAUCGAUACUGUAACACUCACUGCCAAGUUUGCAGUUGCCAAUCUGACUGAGACUGAAACAGAUGGCUGGGGAGAUGGAGAUGACCUGAACUGGGAGGAAGAGAAUGUCUGGUGAUGUUUGAUCCGUCUGCUUCAUCUGGAGCAAAAAGACUUGACCACUGGAAAACUCAAAUCCUCAGUUCAGAGACAGUCAGCUGGAGGUUAACUGCAUGAUGCAGUAAGAUAAUGAUGGGCUGAGACUUUUUAUAACCUAUUCUGUUGGUUCCCGGACAUUAUCAGUCUGUUCAUUAAGAUGCUGGAAGGAUUGGAAGCUUAUAGGAUGGUGCUGGACUUGGACAAAUGAAGCCAUGUUUAAUUGUUUGCCAACUGAUACUAGUCACCUCUAUGAAUGAAAAUCCUAAUCAGAGGUGAAUGUCAUCUUGUUUUCUGCUUCUCAACUUUUUUUGUACGUGCCAACUUCACACCUGGCAUGAAAAUUAAGAUAUACUUUUUUUGGCAAGACAACUCAAAUUGUGUCAGGAUUGAUUUACAAAAGGCUUGCACUUUGAAUGAAUGUAUAAUAGAAAUUACGUAAUUUAUUAGCUUUUGGUUGCUGGUGAAGUAAAGAUUUUGCUGUAUCAAAUAUGACCCUGUUUUGUUUUAUAUUUGUUAGAUUUAUAUUCAUGAAGUAAUUGCAAUUGUUCCGGACUACUGACAGCUAGUCCUUAACUUGGACUUUUAUAAAACAAGCUGACAGAAAAAGCUUCUAUUCUAGCCAAUAUCGUUACUCAAUACAGGAAUUUCUUAAGGCAUACUUUUUAUAACUAAGUUAAUGCUAAAUAAAAACAAAAACAGUGAUUUGUAUUCAAACAAGUUUAAUAAACAAAUCAAUCAUCAAAUCAAAGUUUAAAAUUGAAGAGAUUUUUCAGCAGCAAAGGGUAUACAGACUUUCACAGGCCCAGACUGUGGUUAAUUAAGUUUUCUAUACAUGAAGUAAAUAGAUGUGGGGCUAGAGAAGGGCUAGGUUGUGUGUCUGGCUGUACUGAUGUGGGUUAUGAGGGUCUGGAGCUCCUGUAGUCUGGAUUCCAGCCACUGUGGCGGUGGUUCAGUAGUGUUGGCUUCAUCUUCGAUGAGAGCCUGAAGGGCUUUCAAAGCACUCUCAGCUGUCUGGAUGUAGCGGCUGUACUCCUCUGCACUGGUCUCCUGCCGAGCUCUCUUUGGGCAUGGCUGAGAGGGAGGAAGAAUUACAGGGAAAUUGUACAUCGACAUGAUUCAAUUUUACAUCAAACAAGGCAGAAAUCUGGCUUGUACAAAUGAAAUUUUGACUUGCUGAGCAGAAAAUGAUGUACUAUGUUAGUACUAUGUACUAAUAAGUACUUUGCUAAAUAAAUAUACUAUUUUA